GGAGGAGGACAGGGCACCACAUGGGCGUACAGGCACUCUGCUAGGGGUAGGUGGGCAGGUGCUCAAGGCACGUUUGAUAGACAGACAGGAGUGGUUAUCUCCUGUCCUGCAGAGAUUGCUAAGCUUGGGCUGGGGGCUCAGUUCAGGACCAGCAGUACACAAUGGCAGAGUUCUCGGAGAAAGUUCCCAUUGCCCUGGCAGGGCCUGAAGACGUGGAGCAGUGUCUUCCUCCAGCAUAUACAGCAGUUACAGUGAAACCAUCGAGCAGUGGCCGUCUCCUCCGAAUCGGAGCCGUGGUGCUUAUCUCCGGAGCUCUUCUGCUUCUGUUUGGAGCUAUCGGUGCCUUCUAUUUCUGGAAAGUAAAUGACAAGCAUGUUUAUAAUGUCCAUUACACUAUGAGCAUCAAUGGCAAAGUACAAGAAGGUUCGAUGGAAAUUGAUUCCGGGAACAACCUAGAAACAUUCAAGACUGGAACCGGCAAUGAUGAAGCCGUGGAGGUGCAUGAUUUCCAGAUUGGUAUUACCGGAAUUCGUUUUGCCGGAGGAGAGAAAUGUUACAUUAAAGCUCAAGCUAAGACCCACAUUCCGGAUGUUGACACCGUGACAAAGGAAAGCCUCUCGUUUGAGUUGGAAGAUGAGAUCAUGCCGGCUAAGUUUGACGAGAACUCUCUUAUCUGGGUGGCUGCAGAACAGCCCGUAAAGGAUAACAGCUUCCUGAGCUCAAAGAUCCUGGAACUGUGUGCAGAUCUUCCCAUCUUCUGGCUCCGACCAACAUAUCCCAAAGAAAGUCAAAGAGGUAAAAGGGAUGUCGGAAGAAAAGUUAGACAAACUCAAAACUUAAACCUGGACCAGUUUGAAGCUGCGGCAGAAGAAGUAAACACUAGACGCCAAGGAAACAGGCGCGCUAAAAAAGUAAAUGAAACCCAACCAUCUUCUGAGAGAGAGACACCAUUCAACCCAGAGAAUCCAUAUCAUCUGGAAGGAGAAGGUGGCAUGACAUUUGACCCCAUGCUGGACCACCAAGGAAUAUGCUGCAUUGACUGCAGAAGAAGCUACACCCACUGUCAGAGAAUCUGUGAGCCUUACGGUGGCUACUAUCCAUUUCCAUACAACUAUCAGGGGUGCCGCUCAGCAUGCAGAGUUGUUAUGCCCUGCAGCUGGUGGGUGGCACGCAUUCUAGGAGUGGUGUAACACCAAUGGAAUGGAAAUGAACAGACUGGGAGAAACAAGUGUUUUUAAUGAGAAAAUGCCCAAAACAAAAAGUCUAAAAGAAUAAAGGUCUGAAAAUGUGAUAUGACAUAUAACCUGUUGUAAAUAAAGAACUAAAUUAAUAACAGAUGCCCACAUUCAUUGGGUGGAAUGUGUUGGUUUGAUAGGUACUACACUGUACCUGUAGUGAAUGUGCAAUAAUAGCCUUUAUAGAAAGAUCUGACAUUUUUCUGGACUAGUGUGUUAAUGUAGAAAACGGUCCUGCCUUCAGACAUAUUUGCCAACAUAAUUUAGAGAAACGUUAAUUUCUAAAGGUUAACUUGAUGCGUUGCAGUGUUUCACAUUUCUGUGGCUUGAUGUAAAUAAAUCUAAGUGAAGUUGCACCCUGUUGUUAUUGAAACAGUUCCAUUUCAUCCAGCAAUAACACAUCAUGUAGGCGCACUGCUCGCUGCUCCUUCAGAGCAGUGACUUCAGGAUAUGACAUUACAAUAUUUGAAAAACUAUUUAUAAUUUGACAGUGUAAUAUAUCAUUUACUUUGACAACUUAAGCAUAUUUUCUACCUAUCUGCAAUAAAAUUACUAAUGCCAUUUA